UAGUUGUCAUUGUCAUGGCGUGAUUUUUCAAAUUUUUGUCAACUAAUUAUUAUUCAUCAUCAUUCAUCAAUUUCCAGAUGUUUCUCUACAUUUACUGGAACAAUUCUUUAACUUAUAAAGCUCUUCGAUCUGAUACUCUCUCAUAGUUUGUUAGUGCGCCUUCAAAUAAAGUUGUUUUUUGUCUCGCGCCAUUUAUUAGUGUAAUAAUUCUACUCAACAAUGGAAUUCCCUCACAUAGGAAAACAUUGCUCAAAACCACAUUGCAACAAAUUGGACUUUUUGCCGAUAAAAUGCGAUGCAUGUGAUCUAUUAUUCUGUGAUGAACAUUUUCAAUAUACCACUCACAAUUGCCUCAAAGCCUACGAGAAAGACAACCAAGUGCCAGUGUGCCCAUUGUGCAACAUUCCCAUUCCAGUGCAAAAGGGGCAACAUCCAGAUUAUAUUGUUGGCGUCCACAUAGAUUCGGAUUGCCAGAGCGACCCUGCCAAAUCCAGAAGAAAAGUGUUCACCAAUAAGUGCUCGUAUAAGAAAUGCAAAAACAAGGAAGUGGUUCCAGUUAUUUGCAACGAUUGCUCAUUGAACUUUUGCCUGAAACACAGACACGCCGUAGACCAUAGUUGUGAGGGGCGGGGCGCUAAACGACGAUGGAUUUUUGAGGCUCAACAGAAUAUAUCCAAAGGUGUGCAGGGAUCUAUGAGUGAGGAUGAGGCUUUGGCUAGGGCGUUGGCACUGUCUAUGCAGGAUUCCAGCCCAUGUAAUAAGAAAACCCAAGAGGAGCUCGAUUUGGCUUUAGCUAGACAAUUGCAGGCUUCAGAACAAGCUACUACUGCAUCAAGGAGCUCGCAACAAGAAAGAUGUAAUAUUUCUUAAUUAUUAAAUUUCUCAAAUCAAAACACGACAUUUUAAGCUACAUACUCGAUACACUUUGAAUGCUAAAUGAGAAAAUCUCAGUUAUCAAGGUGUCUCAAAUGAUGGGCAAAACAGAGUGAGCCGAAAUUAGGUUGCAUUUUCUACGACUAAAAGUAAGGCAAACAUUCAUAUCAUCUAAGUAAAGUAUGAUAUUUUUAAGUGCAUAAGUACUAAUUUUGUUUACAAUUAUGCUCUUUAGCAGUUUUAUUUGAAUCUAUGUUAAUUUCAAAUCUAUUUACUUUUGUUGUAUUUUUCUUUGUUGUCCUAUUAGUGCAAUUAGAAGCUUUUUAACAACUGUGUUCUUAUUAUUGUUCAGUUAUAGUUAACAUUAUUAUCAAGUAACUUGCAAACAACUUUAAAGUGCGACACGUUUUGAACAUAAAUAAGAAUUCAAAAGUUUAGAAAUCAAAUAUCGAAAAUUAUUAUAACUUUAUAGGUAAUUUAAUAUUAUAUAAUAAUUAUUAUUUUAAAUUUAAGAUACAUUUCUCAUAAGUGGUAGGAGUUGGAUAGAAAAACGUGGAAAAAUAUGGUCGCCUUAUUUUUGGUCGUAGAAUAUCCAGUUAAAGUUAUGUAAAAUGAGUUCUCUAUAAGAGCAAAAUUACUAUAACUGAGUUUACUAUAAGCGAAUUUCACUGCAGGCCCAUGACGGCAUGCAAAUUUUCAAUCCAAUAAAAGAAACACGAGACUAAAAUUAUUAAUUAUACGAAAUUAUACAAAAAACUGACGACACUUUUAUAAUGACCUAGUGCUGUUCAUGGGACAAAAACACUAUUUAUUUAAAGAAAGUGACCAAUAUAGAAUAACUUUAAGAUAAUAAUUUGUAACACUUCUCAGGUAAUAAGUUUUGGCUCUUACACUAAAUAAAAACUUACAAUCA